CUUCCGCUUCCGGCGUUCAUCCCUUGCCUGGCUGCCUCUGCAGAGGGUCCGGUCCCGUCGAGCUGUCGAUGACUUAAUCCAGAGCUGCUGCGUCCUUCUGCUGUCCUACCCUCAUGGACUAAGAGUUUGCCAAAGAGGUGCAAGCCUGGCAUUAAAAGCCUGGGAUUAAAAGACCACCUGUGUUGCACCCUGGGUGUGGGUGGGUGUUAAGGGGUAAAUUGAUAGUUAUUGUGCUUGUAUGUGUGUAGAGCAAGAAUCAAGGUAGUGAUAAUCAUAACGAGAGAAACAAGGUGCUGUUGCUUAUAGCAUGGAAGGUGAAAGUGCUUGACUGCUUUUGGAGUUGGCAUUUGCUUCUGUGCAUUGGCUUAGUGUUGGGUUUCUGCUAUAACAAAGGACAGGUGAGCUAUAGCAAGAAAGCAGUCACUGUUGUUAUGAUGGUGUGAUGUUGUAAGGGUACAUUGAUAUGAGAAAAACAAGUUGUGGUGAACUAUUUAAUAGCACGAUAAAUUUAUGUAGCAUUUGAACUAUGAAAAACUAAGUCUUCUGCUUUGUCAGGUAUUUUAGGACAAGUGGAUAUUUGAUUUCAAGACACAGAUGUUUAAGCCUUUUUUUAGGGGUGCCACAAAUAAAAGGAAAAAGUGAGGCUUUGUGCGGUAAAGCCUAAUGCCGUAUGGCAAGGUGGUUAAUGAUGGCAGAUUAGGGAAAACUGCUGAAAUGAACAUGAGCAAAUCUAUUUUGGGACCUACAUGAUCAAAACGUGCUCCCUUGGAUCUGGUUUAAUUUGACACCUAGAGAUUGAUACUAAAUCAAUUAAGGAUGGAAGGGGUUGAAAGGAACAGCUCCAUAUUCUCUCCAAGACUGUUUCAAGAAUGGAGUCUAGCCUUCUGGACUCUGUGCUCGGUGAUGGUUCCAGUACUGAUCACCUUGUGGUGCAGCUUUCGGCGAUCUCGGAGGCAGGAACUGAUGCAGGACAUUUUGCGUAAGAGCAAGCACAAUUGGCAGGACACAGAUCUCUUCAGCCAGCCCACCUAUUGCUGCAUCUGCUCUCUGCACAUCCUUCAGGGAGCUUUCUGCAACUGCUGUGGACUGUGUGUCGAUGAAGAAUGCCUGAAGACGGCUGACCGGCGUUUCCUCUGCAAGGAAAUAAUAAUGAGGGGUGAAAGCGGCUUCAGGACCUCUAUGGUACACCAGUGGUUCCGUGGCAACGUCCCUCUUUGCAGCUACUGUGUCGUGUGCAAACAGCAAUGUGGUACCCAGCCCAAGCUGUGUGAUUACAGGUGUGUGUGGUGUCAGCAAACCGUGCACGAUGAAUGUAUGCAGAGCGCUUUGAAGUACGGAACGUGUGAGCUAGGAGAAUUUCGCAACUUAAUUAUUCCUCCAUAUUACUUAUUCAACGUCAGCCAGAUGCGAAAAGACAAAAGAGUGGACUAUGGCAAGCUAGCUGCCUCCUGUGGGGAAAACUGGACUCCCCUAAUCAUUCUGGCUAAUACUCGGAGUGGAAACAAUAUGGGGGAAACAUUGCUUGGGCAAUUUAAGAUGCUACUAAAUCCAAUUCAGGUUUUUGAGCUAACCAAAACCACACCUGCAAAAGCACUGCAACUCUGCACUUGGUUGCCUUGCAAUUCUGCUAGAGUACUUGUCUGUGGUGGAGAUGGCACCGUGGGCUGGGUCUUGGAUGCGAUUGAUGACAUGAAGAUCAAGGGCCAAGAGCGCUACAUCCCACAGGUUGCGAUCUUACCCUUGGGAACGGGGAAUGAUCUGUCGAAUACACUGGGCUGGGGGGCUGGGUACGCCGGAGAGGUCCCCGUGGAGCAGAUUCUGCGCAACGUGAUGGAUGCUGAUGGAAUCAAGCUGGAUAGGUGGAAGGUCCAGGUAACAAAUAAAGGAUACUACAACUUAAGGAAGCUUAAGGUCUUCACAAUGAACAACUACUUUUCUACAGGUCCAGAUGCCCUCAUGGCUUUAAACUUUCACGCACAUCGUGAGAAGUCUCCCUCCCUCUUUUCCAAUAGGAUUAUUAACAAGGCUGUAUAUUUUUUCUAUGGGACCAAAGAUUGCUUAGUACAGGAGUGUAAGGAUUUGAACAAAAAGAUUGAGCUAGAGUUGGAUGGAGAGAGAAUUGAUUUGCCCAGCUUGGAAGGCAUCAUAGUUCUUAAUAUUGCCUACUGGGGAGGCGGCUGUAGACUGUGGGAAGGAAUGGGCGAUGAGCUUUAUCCUCCAGCAAGGCAUGAUGAUGGGCUGCUGGAAGUUGUUGGAGUCAACGGCUCUUUUCACUGCGCUCAGAUUCAAGUGAAGCUCGCAAAUCCCAUUCGGCUGGGACAGGCCCACACUGUGAGGUUAAUCUUGAAGAAUUCAAAGAUGCCAAUGCAGGUGGACGGAGAGCCCUGGGCCCAAGGCCCUUGCACUGUCACCAUUACGCACAAGACGCACGCACUGAUGCUCUAUCACUCAGGGGAACAGACAGACGAUGACGACGUGUCCAGCAUAUCCGAACAGGAACUUGCCAAGGAUCAGACAGAUGAAGAUACCUAGGUCUGGGCCAAGUUUUUGGCAUGCUAAAAAUGGCAACUCCAGCUUGGCUUUGGCCGAAAAGCUUAGCACUAGAUAUUCCGUCUCCAGUAAACCUCUUAACGUCCAUGCCAUCUCUGUAUUUACAACUGGCACAGGAGUAACUAAGCCAUGCUUUUAGUGAGAUAGAGAUAGAGAUAUAUAUAAAAGCUGAACCAGGCUUAAAUUCAGCAAGCACUUUUACUCUGGUUUAUAGCAUCAAGCUGAAGCGGAUGGGGGGGGGAACUUUCAUGGUUACUUUACACUGACUGCUCUGCAGACUGAAUGCCUUCAUCUAUAGGCUCUCAGAGUUUGUGUAUAGUCCUGUGGACUAGCUGCUGGUGUCUGUCUUAACAAUGAAUUAUUCUUUUCCCCCUUAGGAAAGAUUUCCAACUCCAUGUGUAUGUGUGGUAGUACUUUUAAGAAACUGUUUAGCAAUGCACGUUAGUCACUUGGGUAGUAUAAUUACAAGUUUUAGGAACACUAGCUUGUAUAGCUUAAAUUAAGAGUGCCCCCAUGCUCAUUUUGAGCAAAGGAAAAAUACGUCUAGAAAUCAGGCAAGUUUCAAUAUUGGUGAUAUAGUUUAAUAGUCUUGGGCUGGAGCAGACUAUGUAAAUUGACAGACCAAAUAUUAUCCAUUGAAGUCAAGGUGGUUGUGUGUUUGUUUUUGUGUUAAACCUUUUUUCACUGGACUGAUUUUGACAGUCAACUAGUUGUAUUCUUAAGCUAUUUGUAGCGUUCGCAGUGUGCUUGAAGGUCCAUUUGUAUGUCUUCUGUUGCACAGGACAGUUCCCAGAUAUGCAUUUAACAAGUAAGUUGUGUUAUUGAGAGAAAUACACACUAGUGAUAGCCAGGACCUCAUGGUCGGGCUAUCAUUGCUGUAGGACUUCUUUGUCAGCACUAGUCUCUCGAUAACCAUGUCCAAGAAUCUGUUCUGUGGGGAACAUCACUGCUCAAAGAAGAUGAAGGGGGCCUUCAGUCACCACCUGUACCUCGUUGAAAAUUGUUAUGAAUUCUUGUGUAUCUUCUUAGCUGAUAAGAACAGCAAAGAGGUAUAUGAAAAGUCAUUAUCUGUGUCCUCAAAGCACUUGACCAAGAAACAGAUUCUGAGCUGCUAGAGACCUAACCAUUCAAUUUCUGUUCUUAUUUAUUUGAAUGAUUCCUAUUUAAGUCCUAUGCUCUGAUUUUGAGUGUCCUAGUGUUUACAUGGGCAUCUCCGUAAGUGGGUUCCAGAAAGAAUCUGCUGAAUAUGCUUUACCGUUUCCUACUGAAGAAUGUAUUGUUAGUUCAGCACCUUGGAGAGGUAGCAACGCACUUUCACCUUUAUUCUUCUGUUAUCUGGACUACUUCAUUCUGCCAGGACUGCAAGGACAUUCCUGCUUUGAGUUGCUUCCUGUGCCAUCGUAUUAUUCAUCUAGCUAUCAAGGGGACAAUCUGAGCAGCUCACUGAGUUGGGCUCACUAGGAUGGAAUUGUAACACUCCCUCGGUCUGGCUAAUGCAUUCUCAGACCCAGGGAUCUUCCAGGUGGCGUGGGCAACUCAACUAUACGAUGCAGUUAUAAGCAGACAUCUCCAGUUUGUAAAAUCUUACCUUUGUCACGCUCUCUCAUGUUUCCAUGCAUAAUCCCUGUGCUCCUCAUUACAUCAAAACAACAGUGAGAGGUGCAAGGGCAUGCCUACUGCAAAUAGAGAAUUUCUUAGGCUGUUGGGUGCGUGAGCUGGUUCUAGUGUGCUCACGUGCUGCAGUUUGAUUUACAUAUCUGUUCCUGUAAAUCAGCUAGGGAGCACACCCUUGAGAGGAAAUAUCAGCUCUCUCUCUUUUUAAUUACUUAAACUACUGAAUCUUAAACAAAAUUCAACAGACUUGGCAACUCCCUCAAACAGUGCAGUUGAUCAGUUAUCCAAAAGGGGGUGCUCAGCUACUGAGUUACAGCUCUAACAAGCUGCAGUUCCCCACUCAAGUAGUUUAAAUUAUGACUAGAUCUGUAAGAAUCUGUUGUUGUUUAACACUUUCUGAUCUGAGCUGCUGCUGCUGCUGCUGCUGCUGCUGCUGCUGCUGCUGCUGCUGCUGCUGCUGCUGCUGCUGCUGCUGCUGACCACCCAGGGUGCCUGGGACAACCCAGUCAGAUGGGCAGGUACAAAUAAUAAAAUUAUUAUAACCUGGAAUGAACACCAUGGCAGUUAUUGCAUUGUAGAUGUGGCAAGCUCUGUAGAAUGCCUAUAUCACACAGACGUUCCAUUUGAUUCAGGUGAUCUAUUUGCCCUGGCAGCUUUUCGCACCACUGUGGUGCAGUGACCACUUGGAUGUGUGGUGUCUGGAGGGCAUCUUGAGUGGAUAAGCCCUUGGCUGCUGCUCUCAAAUUGUUAUGCGCAAACCCUCUACUAAGUGACUAGAGAUGAGGCAGAAACAGCUACCAAGGAGAUUGCCACCCCUUGCUUCUGUCAUAACAUUGGGAGUACAUAU